CCUGUCCCUUUAAACGAGCUCGGUGUUCUCCGGAGUCAUUCGGAAAAAAAAUCGUCGACACCUUUCACUGCGGCUCCAUCGCUGAGCGGACUGGCCCGCUUCUCGCAUCCUAGAAUACAGAAAGCUAAUUGUUGGACUCAUUAACUGAAAACUGCGAGCUCGGCUCAGUCGGUAACCGUAGACAUGCAGGCUAUAAAAUGUGUGGUGGUCGGCGACGGUGCUGUGGGUAAGACCUGUCUGCUGAUCAGCUACACCACCAAUGCCUUCCCCGGGGAAUACAUCCCCACUGUCUUUGACAACUACUCUGCCAACGUGAUGGUGGAUGGGAAGCCGGUGAACCUGGGCCUUUGGGACACAGCCGGCCAGGAGGACUAUGACAGACUCAGGCCCCUCUCCUACCCACAGACGGAUGUGUUCUUGAUAUGCUUCUCCCUGGUCAGUCCGGCCUCCUUUGAGAACGUCCGAGCCAAGUGGUAUCCUGAAGUGAGACACCACUGCCCCAACACCCCCAUCAUCCUGGUGGGGACCAAGCUUGACCUGAGGGACGACAAGGACACCAUCGAGAGGCUGCGGGACAAGAAGCUGUCCCCGAUCACCUACCCCCAGGGCCUGGCCAUGGCGCGAGAGAUCGGGGCGGUGAAGUACCUGGAGUGCUCGGCCCUGACCCAGCGGGGGCUGAAGACGGUGUUCGACGAGGCCAUCCGCGCCGUGCUCUGCCCCCCGCCCGUCAAGAAGAGGGGCAAGCGCUGCACCGUGUUCUAAGGCGUGGCAACACACUCCAACACAGACACACACACACACACACCCACACAGCCACUGCACACACACUACACUACAUAAGGCCAUCGACGAACCACCACUACUUCUGAUAGUUUGAGAUAGGAAACGAGAAAUGGAAUGCACUGCAGACAUUUUGUUUGAGAUAUAUCAGUUACACCAAGACAGAUACCUAAUGCAUUUUUUUUACAUUCAUAUAUACAUAUAUAUAAAUAUAUGUGUCCCUUUCUCAAGACAUUGGUUGUCCACGUACUUUAAAGAAAACACACAUUACGUUGCUGUCGUGUUUUUACUUUUUUUUAAAAGACUGACAAAAGGUCUCCGUCGUUUGUUCUUCUCUGAAGUGCAUCCUUUAUUUCUGAGCCAUGCUCGCUUGAUUUGACGCAGUGUUGACAAAAAUAGCGAGGAAGAAGAGAAAAAAAAAUACUAAAACGUGAACUGUGAAUAAUAACGCCUUCGGGUUUGAAGUUUCCCUGAGCGACUGACCCUGGGGGUGUGGCCACGUAAACGAGAAAAAGUGAACACAUCUGGUUCGGGACGAGACGUUCAAAUCAACCGCCGCCUCGUAACAGGCAAAUGUAAAAAAAAAAUAAUAAUCAAGGGAAAAGAAGCGUAAAGUGGGUAAAGAUAAUGAGUGUGCUCCUGGUGGUAGUGUGAGGGGGAACUUCAUUCUAACACUGAACAUGUUGUCGGACAAGCAUGCCAAACAAGCUUCCUGAGUGGCUGAGUGAGCUUGCAUGGGUCUUAAUAAUAUUCUGUCUUAAUUUAUCCCAUUGUUUAAAGUCCUGUGUAUGUAUGCGUGUGUUUGCUCGAGCACAUGCGUGUAUGUCUGAGUGUGUGUGUGUGUGUGUGCGUGUGAAUUAGCACAUGUCGAUAUCGAUGAGAAAGGGAGGCUGGGUUAGUGUGUCAAAAGGCAGUAUUGUUUUAAGCAAAUUUUGAGUGUCAGGUUUUUGGUACUAUUUCAUAUUGUAUUGUAGUAAUACACAGAUCUUUUCAACAAACUGUCGACGUAUAGAAAAGAAAAAGGGGCUAUUGAGGACGAGUCUAGCGAUGUACACUAGUAACCCCUAAAAGGAAUGCAUCGUAAUUAUCUAUCUACGUGUACCUGAAUAUUUAGCUCAAAUUUAUAAGAAAUUAUAGUCUCACCUUAAAUUUAAGUGUUGCAAAACAUUGUGAGUUAGUGUCGCCAAUCUCGGGUUUGUCACGCGUGAUAAACCAACAGAUUGCUUCUUUAAAAAAUGCAUUUCUCUGGUCGUAGACAUGCAGUGUGUCUGUCUCCCUCUCCUGGCGAGACGCAGCACUGCGGUCUUUACUGUCUAUGGUUGGCAUAGCAACUGUGUGGUUGAACAAUGUCGUGUCUGGUCCUGCCUAGGUUGUCAAUAAUGUUAGCUGAGAAAAAAAAAGAUAAAAUGCAGUGAAAAUGCAGAACUACUAGUACUGUUGCAUGGAAAUUACUCUGACCCACCUUAAUUCUGAGGAAAGGUUGUUAACUGAAAUGCAUUGGCCAUGUACGUAUGUAAUGUAAGAUGACUUGUACACUCGUUUCAACUUGUUUUCAUUUUUUUAUGACUUCACAUGUCGCUGUGGUGAACUAUUUCAAUUUUGUAUAAUAAAUACAAAUGUAUAUGUAAGGCA